GAGCGGGGGUGCCGCGCAUUAGCAGUUCCGGAUCAUAGCGGCCCGAGGCUGGGAAGCGUGUGAAAAUUUCGAUUGGGAUAUUUUCAGGAAACAACCGGAAUAGCUACCGAUCGAUCAGUGACUUUUCUGAAUAAUAACGCCGAAUACUGGCGACGAGCCAACAACCCGAAUCGGGAGUUUUUCCCGAAGAACUGAUAAUACGGAUUUUCUCGCAAAAUUAUUCCCAGCCGCACCCUCGAGGCCGAUGGCCGAGGCGGUCGCAAGCGGCGCAGCGGGGAGAUGGACCCUCCGCGGCAAGACGGCCCUCGUCACCGGCGGCACCCGCGGCAUCGGGUACUCACCCCAACACCCUUCUCUGGUUCUCCCCUAUCGCUACCCAGUGAGGAGUGAGACCUCCACCGCAGAGCCUUUGCUGCUCUUCCACGAUCAACGCGGGGAAUUCAUGCGCAGGCAUGCGGUGGUGGACGAGCUGGCGGCGCUGGGGGCGGCCGUGCACACCUGCUCCAGGAAGGAGGCCGAGCUGGGCGAGCGCCUCAGGGAGUGGGAGGGCAAGGGCUUCCGCGUCACCGGCUCAGUCUGCGACGUCUCCGUGCGGGAGCAGCGGGAACGCAUGCUCCGCGAGGUCGCCGGCCUCUACGGUGGCAAGCUCGACAUCCUCGUGAACAACGUGGGAACAAACUUUUCAAAACAAACCACUGAAUACUCUGCAGAUGAUUACUCGUUCAUAAUGGCCACCAAUCUUGAAUCUGCGUAUCAUCUGUGCCAACUUGCUCAUCCUCUUCUCAAAUCAUCUGGGUCAGGAAGCGUUGUCUUCAUAUCGUCAGUCUCUGGAGUGGUGGCUGUAAGUUCUGGCUCUGUCUAUGCGAUGACAAAAGGUGCCAUGAACCAGCUGGCCAAGAACCUGGCAUGUGAGUGGGCGAAAGACAAUAUAAGAACCAAUUCUGUUGCACCAUGGUACAUGAAGACUUCACUUGUGGAAGAUGAAUUGGCAAGGAAGGACUUCGCUGACAGCGUCGUGCGUCGAACAGCGCUGAAGCGCGUGGGAGAACCAGAAGAGGUGUCAUCGCUGGUCGCGUUCCUGUGCAUGCCCGGCGCUUCCUACAUCACCGGCCAGACGAUCUCGGUCGACGGCGGCAUGACCAUAAACGGACUGUAUCCAACUCAGGACUAGACCGAAUAGGCAAACCGUAUGGCCGUAUGGGGAUCGAAGAACUGUGUUUGGAGAGGUCAGAGGUGAGGCUCGAACGUCAGUAAAACUCAACUAUCCCAAACAAACAGGAGAUCGCAAAUAGAUGCUUGUGAACUUGAUUGGUUUGCACUUGGGUAUGCACCGCAUGCUACUGUACUAAAUUAAAAAAAAACGUUUGUUGCGAGCAACAAAACGAAAUACUGCGUGGAUAGGGGGCCUACUGCAUAGUGUUGUGUCGUUCGUAUGCGCCAUAGACAAACGGAAUGCCCUUGAAAAAAAGUUUAAUUGGAUGCAUCGUGCAGGCUAUUACAAUUUCUUCCA